GUUGAAACUCUUGAUGGCGAAAACAAAUAUGACGCUGGGAAUUUCGGCCUUCAAGCUGCUGAAAAAGGAGUCAUUUUCACUCGCUUCCCACCUGUUCUCUACCUACAACUCAUGAGAUUUCAAUAUGAUUGUGUCAUGGACGCCAAUGUAAAAAUCAAUGACCGCUUCGAAUUCCCAUAUUUUCUCUAUCUUGACAAGUAUUUCUUGGCUUCUUCUGGGCAACGGUCUUCCACGGACACCGGUUAUGCUUCUGGGGAAGGCGAAGUCUCUUCAAUUACUUCUACUCUCUCAGGUGUCGAUGAAAUUGAGCGCUCCAGACAGUGUAUUAAUAGCGAGAAUGAUUGUAUGCCCGGACGUUAUCUCUUGCAUGCUGUCUUGGUUCACUCAGGAGACAAUCAUGGUGGUCAUUACGUUGCCUAUCUUAACCCUAAAGGAGAUAAUCGGUGGUACAAAUUCGAUGAUGAUGUGGUUUCAAGAUGUUCCCGUCGAGAGGCGAUCAACAUGGCGAGUUUUCCGUGA